AUGCUCCUGCCUAUCUGCACAUACACGUCUAUACACUUUGUACAUUCACCUACACGCAUAUCUAUUCCUAGGCCGGGACACCUCUGGCUGGCGGCGAACGAGGCGAGGUCAGGUUCGCCGGUCCGGCAGUCACGAUCUCGCUUGGCUGCCCGCCCAACUCGAGCUUGCGGGCGCCAGGUCAGGUUGUCGAGACUCCGGUCCGGUCCGGCCGAGUUCUCUCUUCCACGCCCGCCCGAAAUGGCUGCCGGCUCUCGGCGUCUCAGCUCCGCGGCCACUGCUCCCCAAUUGCCGGCCGUGACGACGCCAGGCAAGAGGCUAAUUGUUGGCGUGCACUUGCGGCUCGAAGCGAGUCGGCAAGUCGGUGAAUCGGCCGCGCCGGAAGACGAGCAGUGGGUCGAGUGGAGGCGUUGCAGUGUGAAAAGAGGACGUUGUUCUGCGACCCCGUCACGUGAACGACAUCAUCUGAGCGAGAAGACGGUCAAAUAUGCUGGACCAAGAGAAGAUGUUUGCUUUAUUGGGCGCCAGAUUAUGACCACCUACUUCACAUGA